AUGGACUACACCUAUGAUGAAGAUUUCGAAGAAUCGUGUCCUGUUUGUGGAGAUAAGGUCUCAGGAUACCACUAUGGACUCCUUACAUGUGAAAGUUGUAAGGUAUUUUCAUUUGGAAUUAUUCAUUAUUUCAAUUUUCUUUUUUUUCUUGUGUUUGUGGGUAUUGUGGCCCAUCAACCUAAUAUAGGAUACAUAUUUUCUCCAGGGCUUCUUCAAGAGGACAGUCCAGAACAAUAAGAGGUACACUUGUGCAGAAAACCAGGAGUGUAAAAUAGACAAAACACAGCGGAAGAGAUGUCCCUGCUGCCGAUUCCAGAAAUGCCUCAGUGUUGGUAUGAGAUUAGAAGGUAUGGUUCUCUUCAUCUCACCCCUUCAUUUGACAUUAUCAGUGAGUGGAUUUCAACCUUAUUGUCCAGGAGUGUUUUGUUUUGGCAUAUUUAAUGUUUUGGCAUAUUUUUUCAUUUGCAUGUGAUUGUAUCUAUUUGCAUUUGUUAUAAUUUGCUAUGCGCCCAAAAUAUGUCCAAUAGAUGGUCUGUAUGCCUACAGGGGAUGCUAUAGCCUAAUGUCUUCGUAUCAGUUGCAUCUGAAUUGUUAAAUAGUUAUGCAAAAGUUGUAGUGGUAGUUAUGUUUUGAAUUAGGGACAGACAAUAUACAGAGUAGAGCAGUUUAGGAUCCGUGGUUUUGUGGGGGCCUAGAGCGUGCAAAACAUGAGGUGGAAAGAGCGCGGAGCACACCAGUGAUUCCCACCCAGGCUGUGAUGCGAAAAUGAAGCACCUGUUUCCGCGGAGAAAUGACACAUUCUUCAUUUGCUAAUAAAACUCUGGGCUUCUUGCUGUGGUUUUAAACGGAUACUUUCUAUUUACAUCAACAGGGUUACCAUUGUGUAACUGCAAAUGCAUUAGCAUAUGUUCUGUUUAGUAAAUUGUCAAAAAGAGAAUUGUGAUACCCUGGUGGUUGUUUUACAUUGCUUUUUCCAAAAAUUGGGUUCAGGAAACUGCCAAACACAUAUUCCUAACUAAAUUAGGCUAUUUUCCUGUGCACUUGUUAUGGCUGUAUUUACAAUGAUAUAUGUUUGAAUGAGUUUCUCUUUAUAAGGAUAGUGCAAAUAAUUAUUUUUCAUGAGGAGCAUUUUUCCAUGAUAUCCUUCUGGCUCUAGCCUAGUAACAAACUGCAUAUAAAGACCCACUAUUGUUGACAUAGUUCUGUUUCUCAACUUCUUGUCUCUUUCUGUGACAGCUGUGCGUGCGGACCGCAUGCGUGGGGGCAGGAAUAAGUUUGGCCCCAUGUACAAGCGGGACAGAGCCAUGAAGCAGCAGAAGAAGGCUUUGAUACGUUCCACAGGCUUCAAGCUGGAGUCUGCUCCUCCACAGCUCUCCCCUGUACAGACUAACUAUGGCUUCACCGGCACCCUGCACAGCCUCCCGUCCCUCCCCAAAGGCCUCAUGCCCUCCACCCCAUCCUGCAUCAACCCCACCGACUAUGAGGCCAGCCUCUACGGACCCCACUCCCUGGGGGUGACCAUGCAGCCCCAUGGACCCCUGCCUACCCAGUACCAGUGCACAGCAUUCCCCAGCAGGGCCAUCAAGUCUGAGUACCCUGACCACCACACAAGCUCCCCAGAGUCUCUGGUGGGGUACCCCUUUCCGGAUGUGUACCCCUCCGGUGGCUCCCCACAGCCUCCCAGCCUCUCCCCCCUGGUGCUGGAGCUGCUGCGCUGCGACCCAGAUGAGAUGCAGGUGCAGAGUAAGAUCAUGGCCUUCCUGCAGCAGGAGCAGAGUGGCCGGGGCCGGCAGGACAAGCUCAACACCUUCAGCCUCAUGUGUCGCAUGGCCGACCAGACUCUGUUCUCCAUAGUGGAGUGGGCCAGGAGCUGCAUCUUCUUCAAGGAGCUCAAGGUAAGCUUCCCAGACCCCGUCCACACAGAAAUGAUAGGAGAGACAUGCACAUUUAGAAAUAUAAAUAUUAAGAAAUGAUUCUUAGAAUAAUGAUCACCGUAUCAUAUCUUAUCGUUACAAUUAUCUUAUUAUUCCACUUCAUAGAAAAGUGAUAUCAAGAAUAUUGAAGAUAAACAUUUUAAAGUAUAGCUUUGAUAUCUUAAUGUUUCUUCAUCCUCUUUCUGAAACUCUGCACCCACUCACAGAUAAUGGCAGUAAAGAAGAAAGGCCUGUGUAAAGAUGUUCUAUUUACUAUGACAGAUAACAGUCAUUUUUCUGUCCCUCCUUGUUUCUGGUGGAGGCACUCAAAUAGAGCAGCAGUUAAAGAGGUGACAUCAUAACCCAGUCUGUCACCCUCUGGGUAAUGAUUUGAGAUGCAUCACUGUCCAUGUCAGAUAGGCCUUGUACUUUGAGUCUCUUUGUCAAAUGAAGGGUGUAGUUGAGUUGUGCCAUACUGUACAGCAUGAGUUAUGGCUCCAGUCAAAUGUUACCCCUGGCCCCAGAGGAGAGAGAAAUCAAUACUGUUGUUUGACACUGUGGUGGCUGACCAGAGGGGUAUACUAUGAAGGAAGCUAGAUCUACUCUGGGUUUUCUGAAGCUAGCCAGCUUCAGUUAGCUUCACAUUCCAUCUCAGGCUUCAUCCGUAUACUACAAUGGUGGAUAUUGCUCAUCUGCCACGUGGCUAGUCGAAUGCCGAACUCUUCAUGGAGACAAUGCUGUAGCAUCAAUCCAUGGGCGAGUCAGUGCCACAUUUUCAUUUGUGUAGAAAUCAAAAUGAAAGAAAAUGUAUCUUGCAAAUUCAGCAGGCUAUGGUGUGAAUAGGCUUUUAGAAGUGCCGUCUUUAUUUUAUUACUUAUCAUUAAUGCUGUCUUUGGUGUGCUUUGGUGUGCUUUGGUGUGCUUUGGUGUGCUUUGGUGUGCACAAGCACCAUUUUUCCCACUCCCAUCGAUAAAAUAAUUGUAUUAAGUCAUAGCUGCAAAAGUUUUACUAUGCUUGAUGUUUCAAAUGCAUUCUGUCAUUACUAAAUGUGUAAUGUGAUAGGUAUUUUAAAAUUAAAAUUUUAAAACUAAAAACAAAAAAUAUAAGAGGGAGGGAUUCUGAUUUCAUUGGUCCUCAACUCGUGGCUCAGCCACUUCAUUCAGGAUAAAUGGAGUAAGCUCUGAGUUAACCUGCAGGUUAGUUCUGAAGGAUUCGUUGCCACAGAAAUGUACCUGGCUAAAAGGUUAGCCACUUUCGUGGUACCGGUUAUCCCAAGUUGAACUCAAAGUUGACCAAAGUUACAGAUAGAUGGCCGAAAGGAGACAAUGCAUGCUGGUGUUGAUGAAGGCUGAUCUGUGCUAUUGCUCAAUGCUCACUGUGCUAUUUGUUGAGGCUGUCCUCAGCCAGAGAAUGGCUUGCGACGGGAACUUACUAAUGGAUUGUUUGCUCUUUGCCACAUAAAAUAUUAGAAAAAUAUUUUGCACCAGGUCUGAAUUGAGGUGUAUUUAGAAGCAACUUUUUGUCAUAUUAUUGUUAUUUGUCCGAUAGCCUUAUCUGUGAGACAGUGAGUCCUUUGUGUGGUGAGACAGGAACAUAGUAUCUCUGUAAAGGCUGUAUCAGGGGGACACACAGAGUGGUCCCAUUCUUCACUUUACUUUAUUCUUUUAACUGGGUUAUUUUAGGGUCGGUAGGCCUAUAUGCCUCUGAGGACCCAUGUUCUGAUGCAGUGAUCAUUGGCCAGUAGUAGUUAUGGCAGCAUCAUCAGUACUAUAGAGUUAGACCUGACUGGGGAGGAGAAUUCUGUACCUGGACAAACAACGGUCUGAAAAAUAGCUUCAAUGACAGUGAUAAGGUUUUGUUUUAAAUACAAUAUGAGAAAAUGGCCAGCAUAUCUUAUUUGAUGUAAUAAUAUGUAAUCUAAGCUAGCUAUGGGAUUAUGAUUAUGGAAAAUGGGAGAGCCACUUUAGUGUUGCCUCAGGCAUGUUGAUAGUGCAAAGCCAACAGUAACAUUUGAACUGCAUGAAUUUCAGUCAUGUUACGCACCUCUGAUGUAUCCUGGCUAAAUUGCAACCAAUUGUGAGGUUGUAGACUUGAACAGCGCGAGGUGAGCACAAAGCGGUGGAUGUUUGCCAGGAGAGAGAGAGAGCCUCCUGCAGAAAGAGCUAUCUUUCUCUGAGUAAUUACAUUCCAUCCAGACGAUAACAGGGGAAUGUCAGCUCUCUCUCCACGGCCCAGUAUUUUGUCUCUCAUUGUUCAUAUUUGCACAGGAAAAAUGGAGCUAUCAUCUGCUAAAUUUACCUUGGGCAUUGCCAGUAUGUUUGUGUCAGAUGCUGCCAUUACUUGAGUUUUCGCAUGCAGUAUCUGACUUUGACAUACCUGUAGCAUAUGAUCAAACAUAAUUAUAUGCAUGCAGGGGUGGUGCAUUGUAGCAGCCCUUUUCUAAAUGAUGAUGAAAAGAAAGAUAUAUAUUUAUUGUUUGAUGGUUUUAGACCUGUCCGUCUGAUCUCCAGAACAUCUGUAUUGGUCUCAAAACCAAAUUAUGACAGUUAUGGAAUGGCACUGAGUGAGGCAGGUUCAUGCUUUCCUGUUUCUGCCAGCCAGGGGGGACAAGACUGAUUGUCCCUUGACUGAACGUUCACUGUGUGUAUGUGAGUGUGUGUGUGUGUGUGUGUGUGUGUGUGUGUGUGUGUGAAAUGUUGUGUCUAUGUGCCGAAUUCUCCUUGAGAAGAAGUACUGUAUGAUGAAUCAAGAUGUUGGGUGUUGGUCCUGUAGCUCCGACUGGGAGCAAGAUUGAACUUCUCCUCUGGACAGAUAUAUAGUUCCAUUCACGUUGUAGUAAUUCUGUCAUCCCCAUGCCAGAUGAAUGUGUGUCCUGGUGCUGUUAGGGGGCUACAGCAACACUCUCUGUCACCAGCUGCAGAAUUACUGACAGUGUUGUCCUUCGACACCCAGAGUAAUAUGUGCUAGCAAUGAGGAGCACCCAAUCACCCCCCCUCCCUCCCAUCUGCCUUAAUGGGUGGGAGCAAGGGGGGUGACGGAGGACAGGGAGCGGUGAGGAGGUGGAAGAGGUCAUCUCUGUGGCUCGUAAAUACAACGUGAUGAUGCGCAAGACACUGACACCAGCCCCAGACGCUGGAAAUAUGGCACAAUGACCCGUCCUCUCUGGGUUUUAUAGUCACCCAAUGUAUCUAUCCAUGUAGCUAUUUGUGUCUCAGGUGGGACCACACUAUCCCAUGUGGAUGUUAGCUUUUAAAGGGGUUGAUGUUAGAUUGAUGCCUGCUUAGCGCUGUGGCGGUCAUGAAAUUUCAUCAGACGGUGAUUGUCAAGCAAAUAACUGUCGGUCUCACGGUAAUUGACCGUUAAUUAACAUAUGCACAUUUGCAUCUCCUGGCUUCCAUACAUAGCCUACAAGCCACUGAUGCUGACCUUUGCAACAUCUACAUUUAAAAAAGUCUAAUAAAUCCAUGUAAUAUAGCCUACACCUUCACAAUAAAUCCAGACACGUCUAAAGAAGCAUAAUAUGAAGAAAAUGUAGUAUAUUUCAGAAGAACAGAAUAGCAUACUCUGAGUUGUCCUUAUGUUAGGUCCUGAUCUGGCUAUGCCAAAUGGCUGUGGGCUACACUAGUUCAUUUAGCAGACAAGAUUUGCUUAGAAUUCCGUGGCAUUAUUUUAUAGUAUGAAGAAUACAAUUGAACAAAGCUGAAUAAAAUAGAAAGGAUAUUUUCUCCAAACGAUUUGAGGAAGUGCGCACAUGCGGCUAUUCUGUGUUGAGCGGUUAACGAAGAAACAGGUAUUCCUAUAUGCUUAAUUUAGAGUUAUUAAUGUAACUUUAGUUGUUCUACAAAUGUUAGGCUAUAUGUUUUGAUUUUUAAUACAUUGUAAUGCUGCAUGAUGCGACUAAUGAUGAUUUGAAAAAAGUCGCUUGAAAGGCAUGAGCUCUGCUUUGUUUUUUGUGCAGGCUGUAUACACUACAUCAGUCACUCAUUCACAAUUUGACAAGCAUUUCACGGCGGCAUCCCCUUUGUGUGGCCGUAAUGUACCCCCAAAAAAAUCCAUGCCUUUCGCGGCCAGUUGCCGUUGAGCUCUUCUCCCUGAGUGCUGCGUUCUCCAUCACGUGAUCGGGUCUUUCUCACAGGCUACAAGUGAAGACAGACACAUCGGUGACGCAACUGCGCGUGUCCUUAUCCAAUUCCGAGGUGCAUAUUGAAGAUAUUGGAAGAACUGUCCACAUUUACUUUUUGGCAGCCAACAAGAUGAGUAGGCCUUACGAACAGCAAAAGCACUAGCCUAUGUCAAUCUACUAUCCCCCACAGUACAAAGGUCAACCUAUUCUAUUCUGUGUGAGAAAUACAUAUUCCAAACAUAGUCUGGGACAGUUGUGGGAUGCGAUAGAUCCCUAAUUAAUACAACCACUAGUAUUAAAAAACCUUUACGCAAUGUGGAUGACACAAUGGAUCAGAACAUUUAGCUUAAAAUGUUGAUAAACUAUUAGGCUAUUUCUUCACAUUAUAAGCGCAGCAAUGCACACAUGGUAGUAAGCGCAAAUGUUCCAUUAGAGGAAAACACCAUUAUCAAAAGUGACCGCAAAUGCAAUUAUGCAUGUAAUGCUUUUAUUAUAAAGGUGCAUUUUUAUGGUGAAAAUUAUCUUCCCCAAACUUGAAACUCACGCGCUGCUUAUGUAUGCCAGUUAGGCUCUACACCCCUUGUAAAGCUGAUUAAUGUGCUUAAUUUUAAGAAGUUAUUUGGCCACUUUAGUUGUGAUACAAACCUUAUUAAAACAUAUAGGCCUAUGGGCUAGUCUACAUGAGGUGUGCGACUAUGAUUCGACAAAGUUGCAAAAACAAGGCAUUGUUUCUUAUAGAAUUCACAAGUGAUAGGCUUAUAUUGUCACCAAUCAGACUAUUCUUGAUUUAAUCUUGUCUUGACAUAUACUACAUCUUAAUUGUGUGAAAUUUGUUUGAUUUAGAAUGAACCAUUAUCAUGCACCUGUAUCGAAACAGGGGCAGCGGAAAAAAUACAUGUCAUCUAUGCACUUAAAUAGCGAAUGGAGGACGCUUUUCCCCGUGGUUAAUUUUCAUGCCAGCCAGGUAGGCUAUACUCCUGUUGUAAAUAUAAGCAAUGUGCAUAAUAUUAGGAAAGUUGAAAAAUAAAUAUAGUAGGCCUAGACCAUAGAAAGCAGUAGAGUCCAUUACUUUUCUCGCGCAAUUGCAUACAGUGAGGGAAAAAAGUAUUUGAUCCCCUGCUGAUUUUGUACGUUUGCCCACUGACAAAGAAAUGAUCAGUCUAUAAUUUUAAUGGUAGGUUUAUUUGAACAGUGAGAGACAGAAUAACAACAAAACAAUCCUGAAAAACGCAUGUCAAAAAUGUUAUAAAUUGAUUUGCAUUUUAAUGAGGGAAAUAAGUAUUUGACCCCCUCUCAAUCAGGAAGAUUUCUGGCUCCCAGGUGUCUUUUAUACAAGUAACGAGCUGAGAUUAGGAGCACACUCUUAAAGGGAGUGCUCCUAAUCUCAGUUUGUUACCUGUAUAAAAGACACCUGUCCACAGAAGCAAUCAAUCAAUCAGAUUCCAAACUCUCCACCAUGGCCAAGACCAAAGAGCUCUCCAAGGAUGUCAGGGACAAGAUUGUAGACCUACACAAGGCUGGCAUGGGCUACAAGACCAUCGCCAAGCAGCUUGGUGAGAAGGUGACAACAGUUGGUGCGAUUAUUCGCAAAUGGAAGAAACACAAAAUAACUGUCAAUCUCCCUCUGCCUGGGGCUCCAUGCAAGAUCUCACCUCGUGGAGUUGCAAUGAUCAUGAGAAUGGUGAGGAAUCAUCCCAGAACUACACGGGAGGAUCUUGUCAAUGAUCUCAAGGCAGCUGGGACCAUAGUCACCAAGAAAACAAUUGGUAACACACUAUGCCGUGAAGGACUGAAAUCCUGCAGCGCCUGCAAGGUCCCCCUGCUCAAGAAAGCACAUAUACAAGCCCGUCUGAAGUUUGCCAAUGAACAUCUGAAUGAUUCAGAGGAGAACUGGGUGAAAGUGUUGUGGUCAGAUGAGACUAAAAUCGAGCUCUUUGGCAUGAACUCAACUCACCGUGUUUGGAGGAGGAGGAAUGCUGCCUAUGACCCCAAGAACACCAUCCCCACCGUCAAACAUGGAGGUAGAAACAUUAUGCUUUGGGGGUGUUUUUCUGCUAAGGGGACAGGACAACUUCACCGCAUCAAAGGGACGAUGGACGGGGCCAUGUAUCGUCAAAUCUUGGGUGAGAACCUCCUUCCCUCAGCCAGGGCAUUGAAAAUGGGUCGUGGAUGGGUAUUCCAGCAUGACAAUGACCCAAAACACACGGCCAAGGCAACAAAGGAGUGGCUCAAGAAGAAGCACAUUAAGGUCCUGGAGUGGCCUAGCCAGUCUCCAGACCUUAAUCCCAUAGAAAAUCUGUGGAGGGAGCUGAAGGUUCGAGUUGCCAAACGUCAGCCUCGAAACCUUAAUGACUUGGAGAAGAUCUGCAAAGAGGAGUGGGACAAAAUCCCUCCUGAGAUGUGUGCAAACCUGGUGGCCAACUAUAAGAAACGUCUGACCUCUGUGAUUGUAGUCCCCUGUAGCUCAGUUGGUAGAGCAUGGUGCUUGCAACGCCAGGGUUGUGGGUUCAUUUCCCACGGGGGGCCAGUAUGAAAAACAAAACCAAAAAAAGGUAUGCACUCACUCUGGAUAAGAGCGUCUGCUAAAUGACUAAAAUGUAAAUUGCCACUAAGUAAUGUUUUGCAGAGGGGUCAAAUACUUAUUUCCCUCAUUAUAAAUGCAAAUCAAUUUAUAACAUUUUUGACAUGCGUUUUUCAGGAUUUUUUUGUUGUUAUUCUGUCUUUCACUGUUCAAAUAAACCUACCAUUAAAAUUAUAGACUGAUCAUGUCUUUGUCAGUGGGCAAACUUACAAAAUCAGUAGGGGAUCAAAUACUUUUUUCCCUCACUGUAGCCUAUUGAAAUGUUGCGCAACAUGAGCUCAUGGGCUCUCAUGAAGUGUUUGAUUAUAUUUUCGAAAACAUUUGUAUUGAUGUCAGAGUGAUUAGAGGGACAAUAGAGUGCUGAGUACCAGGCAGUUAGCAAGUUUGGUAGGCUACUGAUGACCAUCAGCAGCAUCAGAGCUUGGAGAAGCCUAAUUACCGUGACAAAAUGGUCACAUGGAAUUUGACUUUUUCAUGACUUGUGACCGCCGGUGUGGCAGUAAUACGGUCACCGCAACAGCCCUAUGCCUCUUUGAGAUUGUAAUAUCAGUGUAGGCUGUUUUAUUUGACAUUGGGUUUGACACUAGAUUGGUUCUUCACUACUCCUAUGUUUGGCUGUGUGGAAUGAGUUUGAGCUUUCAUGUGACCUGUUGUUUUCUAUUUCUUCUUCGAGGUGGGGGACCAGAUGAAGCUUCUUCAAAACUGCUGGUCUGAGCUGCUGGUCCUGGACCAUGUCUUCAGACAAGUGCAACAUGGGAAGGAGAGCAGCCUGCUGCUGGUUACUGGCCAGGAGGUAAGCAGCCUCGCAGUUCCAACAUAAAAUUAAUACAAUGCUCAUACAUUGAUGAAUACCAGACAUACAUACAGUCACACACACACACACACAUGCAUUCAUCAUGUAGUCAUUACAGAUACAUAACCUCUACGGAUAGCAAUACGUAUUUUUUGUUGUUGUUGCAAUAAUGUAUAUCUAUAUAGUAAUUACUGUUUUUACGCUGUACCAAUGUAAUUACCACACAUUAUUUUAGUGACAUAAUGUCUGUGGUCCUCUGUAGCUCAAUUGGUAGAUCAUGGCGCUUGUAACGCCAGGGUAGUGGGUUCGAUCCCCACGACCACCCAUACGUAAAAAUGUAUGCACACAUGACUGUAAGUUGUUUGGAUAAAAGCGUCUGCUAAAUGGCAUAUUAUUAUAAUAUAAAGUGGGACUACACUGAGUGCUCUUUCCAUGACAUAGACUGACCAGGUGAAUCCAGGUGAAAGCUACUGUAUGAUCCCUUAUUGAUGUCACUUGUUAAAUCCAGUUCAAUUGGUGUAGAUGAAGGGGAGGAGACAGGUUAAAUAAGGAUUUUUAAGCCUUGAAACAAUUGCGAUAUGAAUUGUGUAUGUGUGCCAUUCAGAGGGUGAAUGGGCAAAACAAAAGGUUUAAGUGCCUUUGAACAGGGUAUGGUAGUAGGUGUCAGGCGCACCGGUUUGAGUGUGUCAAGAACGGCAACGCUCCUGGGUUUUUCCAGUGGUGGAAAAAGUACCCAAAUGUCAUACUUGAGUAAAAGUAAAGAUACCUUAAUAGAAAAUGACUCAAGUAAAAGUGAAAAUCGCCCAGUAAAAUACUACUUGAGUAAAAGUCUAAAAAGUAUUUGGUUUUAAAUAUACUUAUGUAUCAAAAGUAAAUCUAAUUGCUAAAAUAUACUUAAGUAUCAAAAGUAAAAGUAAAAGUAUAAAUCAUUUCAAAUUCCUUAUAUUAAGCAAAUCUUUUUAAUUUACGGAUAGUCAGGGGCACACUCCAACACUCAGACAUAAUUUACAAAUGAAGCAUUUGUGUUUCUUGAGUCAGUGAGUCCGCCAGAUCAGAGGCAGUAGGGAUUACCAGGGAUGUUCUCUUGAUUAGUGCGUGAAUUGGAGUGUUUUCCUGUCCUGCUAAGCAUAAAAAAUGUAACGAGUACUUUUGGGUGUCAGGGAAAAUGUAUGGAGUAAAAUGUACAUAAUUUUCUUUAGGAAUGUAGUGACGUAAAAGUAAAAGUUGUCCAAAAUAUAAAUAGUAAAGUACAGAUACCCCAAAAAACGACUUAAGUAGUACUUUAAAGUAAUUUUACUUAAGUACUUUACACCACUGGGUUUUUCACACUCAACAGUUUCCCAUGUGUAUCAAGAAUGGUCCACCCCCAAAGGACAUCCAGCCAACUUGACACAACUGUGGGAAGCAUUGGAGUCAACAUGGGCUAGCAUCCCUGUGGAACGCUUUCGACACCUGAGGGCAAAAGGGUGUUCCUAAUGUUUUGUAUGCUCAGAUAUAGAUUAGUAAUUAUGGCGCCGGAGAAGAUGGCUGCCGUUUUACAGCCCUCUAACCAAUUGUACUAUUAUGUGAUUUUUUUGCGUUAUUUGUAAUUUAUUCUGUACAUAAUGUUUCUGCCACCGUCUCUUAUGACCAAAAAGAGUUUCUGGAUAUCAGGACAGCGAUUACUCACCUCGUAUUGGACGAAGAUUUUUUCUUCAACGAGUCGGACGCGAAGGAUAUCCUACAGACACCCGACAAGGCCCAAAUCCCCAUCAUUCGCAUGAGAAAGAGACAGAGAUAUCGUGGACAUAGGUCGGGGUGCCUUGUAAGGAUCCGACGGCGAGUGAGUAAACUGCCUCUUCCAUCAAUCCUAUUAGCCAAUGUUCAAUCAUUUGAAAACAAAUUGGACGACCUACGAUAAAGGUUAUCCUACCAACGGGACAUUAAAAACUGUAAUAUCUUAUGUUUCACCGAGUCAUGGCUGAACGACGACAUUGAUAACAUACAGCUGGCGGGAUAUACGCUACAUCGUCAGGAUAGAACAGCUGACUCUGGUAAGACAAGGGGUGGCGGUCUGUGUAUAUUUGUAAACAACAGCUGGUGCAUAAAAUCUAACACUAAGGAAUUCUCUAGGUUUUGCUCGCCGGAGGUAUAGUAUCUCAUGACAAGCUGUAGACCACACUAUUUACCAAGAGAGUUUUCAUCUAUAUUUUUCGUAGCUGUCUAUCUACCACCACAAACCGAUGCUGGAACUAAGAUUGCACUCAAUGAGCUGUAUAAGGCCAUAAGUAAACAGGAAAACGCUCAUCCAGAGGCAGCGCUCCUAGUGGCCGGCGACUUUAAUGCAGGGAAACUAAUUUCUACCAGCAUGUUAAAUGUGCAACCAGAGGAAAAAAAACUCUAGACCACCUUUACUCCACACACAGAGACGCAAACAAAGCUCUCCCUCGCCCUCCAUUUGGCAAAUCUGACCAUAAUUCUAUCCUCCUGAUUCCUGCUUAUAAGCAAAAACUAAAGCAGGAAGCACCAGUGACUCGGUUAAUAAAAAAGUGGUCAGAUGACGCAGAUGCUAAGCUAAAGGACUGUUUUGCUAGCACAGACUGGAAUAUUUUCCAGGAUUCUUCAGAUAGCAUUGAGGAGUACACCACAUCAGUCACUGGCUUCAUCAAUAAGUGCAUUGAUGACGUCGUCCCCACAGUGACCAUACGUACGUACCCCAACCGGAAGCCAUGGAUUACAGGCAACAUCCGCACUGAGCUAAAGGGUAGAGCUGCUUUCAAGGAGCGGGACUCUAACCCGGAUGCAUAUAAGAAAUCCCGCUAUGCCCUCCGACGAACCAUCAAACAGGCAAAGAGUCAAUACAGGACUAAGAUUGAAUCGUAUUACACCGGCUCUGACGCUCGUCGGAUGUGGCAGGGCUUGAAAACUAUUACAGACUACAAAGGGAAGCACAGCCGCGAGCUGCCCAGUGACACAAGCCUACCAGAUGAGCAAAAUCACUUCUAUGCUCGCUUCGAGGCAAGCAACACUGAGGCAUGCAUGAGAGCAUCAGCUGUUCCGGAUGACUAUGUGAUCACGCUCUCCGUAGCCGAUCAGGUCAACAUUCACAAGGCCGCAGGGCCAGACGGAUUACUAGGACGUGUACUCCGAGCAUGCGCUGACCAACUGGCAAUUGUCUUCACUGACAUUUUCAACAUGUCCCUGACUGAGUCUGUAAUACCAACAUGUUUCAAGCAGACCACCAAAGUCCCUGUGCCCAAGGACACUAAGAUAACCUGCCUAAAUGACUACCGAUCCGUAGCACUCACGUCUGUAGCCGUGAAGAGCCUGUAGCCAUGGCUCACAUCAACACCAUUAUCCCAGAAACACUAGACCCACUCCAAUUAGCAUACCGCCCCAACAGAUCCACAGAUGAUGCAAUCUCUUUUGCACUCCACACUGCCCUUUCCCACCUGGACAAGAGGAACACCUACGUGAGAAUGCUAUUCAUUGACUACAGCUCAGCGUUCAACACCAUAGUGCCCUCAAAGCUCAUCACUAAGCUAAGGAUCCUGGGACUAAACACCUCCCUCUGCAGCUGGAUCCUGGACUUCCUGACGGGCCACCCCCAGGUGGUAAGGGUAGGUAACAACACAUCUGUCACGCUGAUCCUCAACACGGGGGCACAUCAGGGGUGCGUGCUCAGUCCCCUCCUGUACUCCCUGUUCACCCAUGACUGCAUGGCCAGGCAUGACUCCAACACCAUCAUUAAGUUUGCCGACGACACAACAGUGGUAUGCCUGAUCACCAACAACGAUGAGACAGCCAAUAGGGAGGAGGUCAGAGACCUGGCCGUGUGGUGCCAGGAUAACAACCUCUCCCUCAACGUGAUCAAGACAAAGGAGAUGAUUGUGAACUACAGGGGAAAAAAGAGGACUGAGCACGCCCCCAUUCUCAUCGACAGGGCUGUAGUGGAACAGGUUGAGAGCUUCAAGUUCCUUGGUGUCCACAUCACCAACAAACUAACAUGGUCCAAACACACCAAGACAGUCGUGAAGAGGGCACGACAAAGCCUAUUCCCCCUCAGGAGACUGAAAAGAUUUGACAUGGGUCCUCAGAUCCUCAAAAAGUUCUACAGCUGCACCAUCGAGAGCAUCCUGACUGGUUGCAUCACCGCCUGGUAUGGCAAUUGCUCGGCCUCUGACCGCAAGGCACUACAGAGGGUAGUGCGUACGGCCCAGUACAUCACUGGGGCAAAGCUUCCUGCCAUCCAGGACCUCUAUACCAGGUGAUGUCAGAGGAAGGCCCUAAAAAAUACUCCAGCCACCCUAGUCAUAGACUGUUCUCUCUGCUACCGCACGGCAAGCGGUACCGGAACGCCAAGUCUAGGUCCAAAAGGCUUCUCAACAGCUUCUACCCCCAAGCCAUAAGACUCCUGAACAGCUAAUCAUGGAUAUCCAGACUAUUUGCACUGCCCCCCCACCCCACCCCAUCCCCCCUCUUUUACGCUGCUGCUACUCUGUUUAUUAUUUAUGCAUAGUCACUUUAACUCUACCCACAUGUACAUAUUACCUCAAUUACUUCGACUAGCCGAUGCCCCCGCACAUUGACUCUGUACCGGUACCCCCUGUACAUAGCCUCCCUACUGUUAUUUCACUUUACUGCUGCUCUUUAGUUAUUUGCUUUAAAGAAUUUUACUUAACACUUUUUUACUUUUUACUUUUUUUUAAACUGCAUUGUUGGUUAAGGGCUUGUAAGUAAGCAUUUCACUGUAAUGUCUACACCUGUUGUAUUCGGCGCAUGUGGCAAAUAAAAUUUGAUUUGAUUUGAUAUGUACAGUGCCUUCAAAAGGUAUUCCCACGCCUUGACUUUUUCCACAUUUUGUUAAGUUACAGACUGAAUUUAAGAUGGAUUGAGAUUUUAUGCCACUGAUUUACACACAAUACCCUACAACGUCAAAGUGGAAUUUUGUUUUUAGAAAUUGAUAAAACAUUUAAAGCUGAAAUGUCUUGAGUCAAUAAGUACUCAACCCCUUUGUUAUGGCAAGCCUAAAUACGUUCAGGAGUAAAAAUGUGCUUAACAAGUCACAUAAUAAGUUCCAUGGACUAACUCUGUGUGCAAUAAUAGUGGUUAACAUGAUUUUUGAAUGAUUACCCCAUCUCAGUACCCCACAUCUGUAAGGUCCCUCAGUCGAGUAGUGGAUUUCAAGCACAGAUUCAACCACAAAGACCAGGGAGGUUUUCCAAUGUCUUGCAAAGAAUAGCACCUAUUGGUAGAUUGGUACAAAUAAAAAAAGCAGACACUGAAUAUCCCAUUGAGCAUGGUGAAGUUAUCAAUUACACUUUGGAUGGUGUAUCAAUACACCCAGUCACUACAAAGAUAUAGGCGUCCUUCCUAACUCAGUUGCCGGAGAGGAAGGAAACCGCUCAGAGAUUUCACCAUGAGGUGAUUUUAAAACAGUUACAGAGUUUAAUGGCUGUGAUAGGAGAAAACUGAGGACGGAUCAACAACAUUAUAGUUACUCAACAAUACUAACCUAAAUGACAGAGUUAAAAGAAGGAAGUCUGUACAGAAUGCAAAUAUUCAAAAACCAGCAUCCUGUUUGCAAUAAGGCACUAAAGUAAUACUGAAACAUUUUUUGCCAAAGAAAUGAACUUUUUGUCCUUAAUACAAAGCGUUAUGUUUGGGGAAAAUCCAACUCAACACAUCACUGAGUACCACUAUUCAUAUUUUCAAGCAUGGUGGUGGCUGCAGCAUGGUUUGGAUCAGCUCGUCAUCGGCAAGGACUAGGGAGUUUUUUUUUAGGAUAUAAAUAAAUGGAAUAGAGCUAAGCACAGACAAAAUCCUAGAGGAAAACCUGGUUCAGUCUGCUUUCCAGCAGACAUUGGGAGACAAAUUCACCUUUCAGCAGGACAAUAACCUCAAACUCAAGGCCAAAUAUACACUGGAGUUGCUUACCAAGACGACAUUGAAUGUUCCUGAGUGGCCUAGUUACAGUUUUGUCUUAAAUCGGCUUGAAAAUCUAUGGCAAGGCUUGAAAAUGGAUGUCUAGCAAUGAUCAACAACCAACUUGACAGUGCUUGAAGAGUUUAAAAAAGAAUAAUAAUAUUGUACAAUCCAGGUGUGCAAAGCUCUUAGAGACUUACCCAAUGAAACUCACAGCUAUAAUUGCUGCCAAAGGUGAUUCUAGCAUGUAUUUACUCUGUUUUAUUUUACAUUCAUCUUUUUUUUUUAAGUCGAAUUUUUCUUUCACUUUGACCCUACAGAGUAUUUUGUGUAGAUCGUUGAAAAAAAGAGACAAUGAAAUCCAUUUUAAUCCCAAUUUGUAACACAACAAAAAGUGAAAAAAAUUCAAAGAGUGUGAACACUUUCUGAUGCCUGCUCUUGUUCUUUUACAUUUGGUCGUGUUUGGAAGAUGCAGAACAGAACAGGAAAAAACAACCAUCAGCUUGUCUCUGCAGCCUGUAACUGACUCCUGGGUUUGGGGAGGAGAGGGGAAAGAUGGCCGCUUGUUUUUAGUUGCUUCUUGUUUAAAUCGUGUUCUUUUUUUCUCAUAAAGAGUGCAAUGGAAAACAGGGUAUUUUUAUCUACAUACUGUACUAGGUUUAUGGGAACAGGAGGAAGAGGGGCUUAAAAGUUACACUGUAUAAUUCUAGAAGUUACUGUGGGAAUUGGAAGAUUUAACGUCCAAUAUGUUACAUAAAAUUCCAAUCGCAUUAAUUUAGAAGGUGGUGAGAAGCUACUGCAGACUCAAUGUAUGGCAUCUAUGAACAUGUAUUGAAGCUGUACUGUACUGUAAUUCAGGUUGAAGUGGUGGCAACUCCACCACUUUUCAACCUCAUUUUCAUUAUCUCCAGCACAAUACCAGUGUCUACAUAUGUGAAAACAGCGCAUUUCUACGUUUUGUAGAAAAAAACAUAAAGUAAAAAAGUUCUACCCAAUGACAUCAAAAACAGUGAUUUUCUAACACUAUGAGAUUUGCGGUGAUGUGGGGAGUAAGAAAAUACCCCCCCUCUGUUUUGAAAAACACCGUUUUUCUCACUUUUAAUUCCACCCUUUCAUGUACAUUUACAUUUGAGUCAUUUAGCAGAGUUUCUUAUCCAGAGCGACUUACAGGAGCAAUUAAGGUUAAGUACCUUGCUCAAGGGCACAUAGACAGAUUUUUCAUUUAGUCGGCUCUGGGUUUUGAACCAGGGAUCUUUCGGUUACUGGCCCAACACUCUUAACCGCUAGGCUACCUGUCACAGAGAAGCAUUGUUUAGGAUCUUUCUUCUUAUCUUUUGAACCACAGAUCAUAGAAAUGCGCUGUUUUUACUGGUUCGGUGCUGGAGAAAAUAUAUAUGAGGUUGAAAAGUGCCAGAAUUGCCCUUUAAAGCCUGUAUAUACAAUAAAACAUAAUGUUGUCCUCCUGUGUUGUGUUGCAGAUGGAUCUGUCAUCCAUGGGGUCCCAGGCAGGAGUGAGUCUGUCAGGCCUGGUCCAGAGAGGACAGGAGCUGGCUGGGAGGCUGCUGGCCCUGAAGUUAGACAGGAGAGAGGUUGCCUGCAUCAAGUUCCUCCUCCUCUUCAAUCCCAGUGAGUAGACCACAUGGACAUACACUAUACACACUGUAUGCUGUACCACAUUAGAUGGUGAUUAUUAGUCUUAUAAUAUGUAUAUAAUAUGUAUAUAAUAUAUGCCACUUAGCAGACACUUUUAUCCAAAGCGACUUACAGUCAUGCAUGCAUACAUACAGCUCAUGUAUAGCUCAUUACAGCUAGCUCAUGAAUGGAAUAGAUUUGUGAUAGACCAUGUAACAUUACUAUGGCCUUUCAAAGAUCUGAAUUUGAUUAGGUUUGAGGUACUUCUUCACACUUUUUUGUAUUGUAGCUGUGGUUUGUAUAACCCAGUGACGUGUAGUACUUAAGAAUGGACAAAUAACUUUUUCAAACUUUUUGUUGGAAAUAGGUUUUAGUUGACAACCCUCGCUGUCCCAUUUAUUUUGAAAGGCAGAAGUGACAUUUUUAAUGGAAAUGUCACAGCCAUUGAUAUAUGUUUAUUUAUCCAGAAGGUUACAACUGUUGUCUGAACCAAUCCUUUAUUUUCAGGUAUACUCACUUAAUUAAAUGUAGGGCCUUGUCAAAAGGCAAUAUUAACAAAGAAGACAAUCUCACCCAUUAUUCUUUAAUAGCAUUCAAUGGAACCAUAAUGGAUGGGCCUAUCAUUCAAUAAUCUGACUGACAUUCAUGCAGUGGCUUCUACAUAUGGAGUGUGUAUAGACGACAGUUGCCCAGAUUCCCUUAAGCGACUGCUAUUUAGCGCCAGCGAGCUGGGAAUAAAAGGCUUUAGAAUAAUGAGAGCACUCGUCACAGGCAGAAAAUAUUUGCCAUCUCCGCUGUCUGUUUCAUUCUCUCUCUCUCCCUCAUCUUUCAAUCAAUGAGUCAGGUUUAUCAGGGCAAUUUAGUUGCCCUUAAGCGGUUUGAAAAAAAUAUUACAAAUAUUUAAUUACUGUGUGAAUGGCUCUCCUGGCAGGACUCAGCUGAUGCUGAAUAGAAGUCCAUUAUAGGGUCUAGCUAUUGUCACACACACACACACACACACACACACACACACACACACACACACACACACACACACACACACAACCCUGCUGCACACUGUACAGAUCCAAUGUACCAGAAAUGGAAUAUUAGUAAUAAACUGAUGCAAUGUCAAUGCUAAAGCUUAGGCCUACACUUGAUCUCCACAAGCUGAGCCUUAACACAGGGAUUUGAGGAACAGUUUCAAAUAAAUAUAUCAAUAUUAUCCCAUUUAUGUGAUCAUCUACAGAGUAAUAUAAUCCCCCUUAAAGCUCUUUCCUAUGUCCCUGUCCAGAUGUGAAGCUGUUGGAGAACCAGGUGUUUGUGGAGAGUGUUCAGGAGCAGGUGAAUGGGGCUCUGCUGGAGUACACUCUGUGCACCUACCCCCUGUACCUGGACAAGUUCAGCCAGCUGGUGUUACGUCUGCCAGAGCUGCGUGCCCUCAGCACUCAGGCAGAGGACUACCUGUGCUACAAACACCUGAGUGGGGAGGUGCCCUGCAACAACCUUCUCAUCGAGAUGCUGCAUGCCAAGAAGGACUGUAUAUGA